CAAAUGCGUCACAAUUAGCGAUAUUUAUAGGGCCUGAAAUAGUAAUAAUGCUUCAUUCCACGGAGUGUUAUUUUUUAAACACAUAAAGAAACUUCAGAAGUGUACGGUACAAACGAGAGCGCGAGGAAGAAACACGUACAUGAAACUUUCAUGCCAGCGCAGCCACCACUAAGCUGCUGCCUGGCUACAGAUCUGAACCAUGAGCCCUUCCUUCUCCGCCGCUAAGCCGCCGCCGCCGUCUUCUCUCACUCGUUAUACUGUUUAUAAUAACUUAUCACUUCUACCCGGACGGCGGUGGCAAUUCCCAGCCGGCAACCGUGCUUCUCACAACCGUAAGCUGAUAUUUUCUUGGAAACGGCCGCCGCCACCUCCGCCGCUUCUGCCAACCAGCUCGGUUUCUUUCAAAUAUUCUAACGUCGUUUUUCCUCCUCCCAAACGCAGCCUUGAAAUCGUAAACGCCCACCGCCCGUCGAUCAACGGCACCGAUUCGAACCGGCAAACGUACAGCUUCAGAAUCACCGUUGAUAUUCCCUUCUAUGAAGCACCACAGGCAUCAUUUGACGAAUAUCUUGAAGAAAAGUCAAGAGUUCUCAAAGCCAUAUGUCCUAACGAAAAGAGAAAACCAGAACAAAUUAGUGAGGAGGAAUGGAGGAUAUACAUGGCACCGGUAGAGUUCUUAUUUUUGAGCGUAUCGCCCGUAGUGAACAUGAGAAUGAGGUGCAAAGCCAAAGGAAUGGGUUACCCUUCUGGCAUUCCUCCAAAUACUUCCAAGCUUCUCGAGUUAAAAGCCAUGAAAUCAGAGCUGAAGGGGAAUAUAGAUGGGCUGAUAAAGCAAACAAGAUUUCAGCUAGGUGUGGAAGGAGUUGUAUACCCACACAGAAAAGGGAUUUCAGGAAGCAGCAGCAGCAGCAUUAAGGGGCAGCUUCUGAUGAGCAUAACCUUCACUCGCCCUUCUGCUCUCGCUCUCGUCCCUCAACAUCUUCAUGACGACGCAGCUCAAUUGAUACUAAAGAGUAUUGGAGAGAGGAUGGAGAGGAAUGUUAGUGAAGGGUUGCUUGCGGACUAUGCCAAGUUCAAGGAGGAAAAGCUGUAAAUUUAUAAAUAGUUCAAUACAGAAUAAUAAAUUAAUUAAUUAAUAUUCUUUUACUCUGUGAAGAGGCCUAAUAACUUUCAAUCUUUUGGCUAACCCCAUAAACAAGGGAUUUCGCCUUUCUGUCAUUUAAAUGACAGUGUUAUUACUAAUAUAUUUGUGUAGCAUCACAGGAAGCUUCAUUUUUAAAUUGCAUAUAUUUUCUGGUUUAAUAUGAUGUUUAUUUUAUUAUUAUACAA